AUGUCCUCCUCAGAAGAUACAAGCGCCUCAACAAGCAGCACCCCCACGUCACCAGCAGAUGCGCCUACCAAAUCAACCACAGCCAUAUUCCUCGUUCUUCUCGAGAAGAUGGGCGCCUCGAUCCGCAAAUCCCGCAUGAAGCUCUCCGUCCGAUUUCGAGAGAACCAGCAGGCGGCACCAAAGAGCCCUAAACCAGAUGUAUGGCGAGGGACGUCGUAUCUACCUUAUGGAAUGGAGACACCAACGGAGGCGGAGCAAGCAUUCGAGAUGGCGUCCCUCGGACGGUGAAGUGCAGCAGGGAGAAGGGCAGCCUUUGUUCCAACGGGGGAGGCCUUCAGGCGAGACCGGCGACAUUUUCAGCGGAGGACGCCUUUGAUGAACCUAGCAACAAUUCCUGGCGAAGGAAAUGCCUGAGCAACGAGGGUAUUCCGGUGUGGCCGGAGCCCUCCCAUAGUAUCAGGCCUACCAGGCUAUAGGAGAGACCCGUACAGGGUGUCUGCCCCAGCCUUAAGAUUCAAAAACCGCUUACCGGGGUUUAUGAGCUGGUGCUGGCUAAGCACCCCAGUGGACGAAUCGUGCAUGCUCAAGACGUUGGUCCAUGUUUGGUAUACUCAAGGAGGAGGAGUGUGGCAGUCGAGAGUGCAAGAACAUCUGUUGUCCCCUGUAUAUAUGGUGAUGCGAGGUUAGCGAAGGGCUCACCGGAGAUGAAGCCAUCGGACAGUUGGUGAAGAGUGAUGAAUGAACAAUAGUGGUCG